AUGUCUGAAAGAAGAAUUUCUCAGGACGAUGAUGGGGCCUCGCUGUUGUCCAAGCUGGGCUCGGACUCUCCUCGGCCUAGGAUGAAAUACGGUGGCAUGUUCUGCAAUGUGGAAGGAGCUUUUGAGAACAAAACACUGAACUUUGAGUCGCUCAGCCCGCUGACGCAGCGACGCAGAUCUGAACGCACAGGAGGAGACGCACCGAGAGGAGGAGGGCAGACUGUGGUGUACCCUUCCGGACAUGCUCGGGACACAAUUGAGGGCAACUGUCUGAUCAUAAAAGGAGGAAAGAUAGUCAAUGAUGACCAGUCGUUUUUUGCUGACGUUUACAUCGAGGACGGAACCAUUAAACAGAUUGGGGAGAACUUGAUUGUUCCUGCGGCCGUGAAAACGAUUGAUGCUUAUGGUCAGCUAGUCAUCCCGGGAGGAAUCGAUGCCAACACCAACUUGCAUGCCGUCCAGAAAGGUUUCUAUCCCUCUGAUGACUUCUACCAAGGAACGAGAGCGGCACUCGCUGGAGGAACCACCAUGAUCAUGGACCAUGUCCUGCCAGAGCCAGGGACUAGUCUACUGUCAGCGUUUGAGAAAUGGAGGGACGCUGCCGACCAGGGGGCGUGCUGUGACUUCUCCUUCCAUGUUGAUGUCACGCACUGGCAUGAUGAACUUCAUGAGGAGUUGGAGGUUCUUGUGAAGGACAAAGGUGUUAACUCCUUCCUGUUUUUCAUGACCUACAAGGACAAAUACCAGAGCUCUGACUCACAGCUUUAUGAGGCUUUUGGUGUCCUCAGGGAGCUGGGUGCUGUGGCCCAGGUACAUGCAGAGAAUGGUGACAUUAUUGAUGAGGAACAAAAGAGGAUCCUCAAUCUUGGCAUUACUGGACCUGAAGGACAUGUCCUGUCUCACCCUGAGGAGGUGGAGGCCGAGGCAGUCUACCGAGCUGUGACUAUUGCAAAACAAACCAAUUGUCCGCUUUAUGUCACGAAGGUGAUGAGCAAAUCUGCUGCAGAUGUGAUUGCCAAAGCCCGCAAAAAAGGGAUUGUGGUGUACGGGGAGCCAAUCACAGCCAGCCUGGCAGUGGACGGCUCUCACUAUUGGUCCAAAGACUGGGCUACAGCUGCUGCCCUGGUGAUGAGCCCGCCUCUCAACCCUGAUCCUUCAACUCCGCAGUACCUAAGCUCUCUCUUGGCGUGCGGUGACCUCCAGGUGACUUCCAGUGCUCAAGCUAGCUUCUCCACUGCUCAGAAGGCAGUGGGUAAAGAUGAUUUUACUCUUAUACCAGAAGGAACCAAUGGAAUUGAGGAGAGGAUGUCGGUGGUUUGGGACAGAAUUGUGUGCACUGGGAAGAUUGAUGAGAAUGACUUUGUCGCCGUGACAAGUACCAAUGCUGCAAAACUCUUCAACCUUUACCCUCGCAAAGGACGAAUUGCUGUUGGCUCCGAUGCUGACAUUGUCAUUUGGAACCCAAAAGACACCAGAACUGUUUCUGCAAAAACUCACAACUUGACUGUGGAGCUGAACGUCCUUGAGGGUUUGGAGUUUCAUGGUGUUGCCUCAGUGGUGAUCUCCAGUGGUCGGGUGGUUCUGGAGGAUGGAAAACUAAAUGUUACAGAAGGUUCAGGGCGCUUCAUUCCGAGAAAAGCCUUCCCUGACACUGCGUAUCGGAGGAUCAGAGCUCGCAGCAAGAUGGCAGAGAAUCACAGUGUUCCUCGUGGGAUCUAUGAUGGUCCAGUCCAUGAUGUAAUGAGUAUGAACAAAUCGCCAAUGCCCACACGGACCACCAAAGCACCCCUUUGUUCUAUAAUCCAGACUUGCCCCCGAAACCUCCAUCAAUCAGGAUUUACUUUGGCUGGAGCUCAAGUCGAUGAUCAUGUUCCUCGACGGUCUGUACAGAGGAUUGUGGCGCCACCUGGUGGACGGUCAAACAUUACAUCCCUCUCUUAAAUAAUGACUGUUGCUUGAAAUGUUCAACUUCAAACAUUUUGGCUUAAAAUCUAUGCGCAUGCAAUUAGUGAACAAGUUACAUACCAAGUAGUCACCCUAAAUUUCCAUAUGAAUCCCUCAACAAGAAGACAUUCCUAACCCAAAACCCUCACAACUCCAACAAAUUAAUAAUCAUUGAAGUCAUAGUUUCACUUGAUAUUCAAUCAAUAUUGCAUUUUGUCUACAGAUAUUCCAAAAAAACAGUAAUACAGUCGUAUUACGUCCCUCUCCACUUUUCCCUUCACUCUAUCAUGGUUUUCAAAAUACACUCCUGAUCAAAAUCUUAAGACCAGUUGAAAAAUUGCUAGAAUUUGCAUUUUUCACAUUUGGAUCUUAAUUUUAAGUAGAGCUACAAUAUGGAAAAAGAAGAAGGGGGAGUGAGACAAAAAGCAUUUUCCAUCCAUUUUCUAUGCCGCUCCUCCUCAUUAGGGUUGUGGGGGUAUGCUGGAGCCUAUCCCAGCUGACUUCGGCCGACAGGCGGUGGUACACCAGCCAAUCACAGGGCACAUAUAGACAAACAACCAUUCACACUCACAUUCAUACCUAUGGACAAUUUAGAGUCUCCAAUUAACCUAACAUGCAUGUUUUUGGAAUGUGGGAGGAAACCGGAGUACCCGGAGAAAACCCACACGCACACGGGGAGAACAUGCAAACUCCACACAGAAAAUGCCCAACGGAGAUUUGAACCCAAGUCAGAUCUCUAGCCUGUGACUGUGCGGCCAACAUGCUAACCACUGGACCACCGUGUGGCCACAAAAAGCAUUUUGAAAAAUUAAUUUAUUAAAAACAGCAAUUAAACUGAAAUAGGCUGUUUAUCAGCUGAUCAAAAGUUUAAGACCAUCGCUCAAAAAAUAACAUUGCUCCAAGUGGUGAAGAUGGCUUCACCAAGGGCAUCAACAGUCUGAAACUAAUGGCCAUUUUUAUAAACUUCCCUUGCCAUCCAUCCCCAAAUGUUCUCUAUGGGAUUUAAAUGAGGGGAACAUGCAGGAUGGUCCAAAAGAGUGAUGUUAUUCUCCCUGAAGAAGUCCUUGGUCAAGUGAGCAUUGUGAACUGCAGCGUUGUCCUGUUGAAGAACCCAGCUGUUACCACACAGACGAGGGCCCUCAGUCAUGAGGGAUGCCCGCUGCAACAUCUGCACGUAAGCGGCCGCCGUUUGAUGGCCCUGCACCACCUGAAGCUCCAGUGUUCCACUGAAUGAAAAAGCACCCCAGACCAUGAUGGACCCCCUCCACUGUGCUGGGUAGAAAACAUCUCAGGUGGGAUCUCCUUGUCAUGCCAGUAAUGUUGGAAGCCAUCUGGACCGUCAAGGUUACAUUUUUUCUCAUCAGAGAAUAAAACUUUUUCCCACCUUUCAAUGUCCCAUGUUUGAUGCUCCCUGGCAACGUCUAAACGGGCAGUUUUGUGGUGUUGAAGGAGACGAGGUCUGCCAUGGAGGGAGUCCGGGAGGCGCAAUUUGACUGCUACACGGUUGAUAAUCCUUGUAAUGGGGUACGGGCCGACAAAUCUUGGGGAGAGUUUUUAGGAAUCCACCGCCAGGGGAAUAUCGCGGGAGGACAGCCAUACCUUCUGGCCCACCUGGUAGCGAGGUGCAGGUGUGCGGUGGCGGUUGGCCACCCUCUGGUUCCGCUCAGAUGUCCUAGAGAGAGCGGUCCUCGUGUUGCGCCAGGCCAGACGUGCUCAGCGUAGGUGUGCUGUCACCGAUGGAACUCUGGCUUCCGAGUCUUGGGAGGGGAAUGUAGGUGGCUGAAAGCCGUAAGCAGUGUGAAGGGGAUAAUCCAGUGUCUGAGCUGAUGAAGGUGUUGUGUGCGUAUUCUCUCCAGGGAAGAUCUGAGGACCAUGUAGCAGGCUGCUGGUGGUACACGCACUGGAUGGCUGCCUCCAGGUCCUGGUUGGUUCGUUCCGUUUGUCCGUUGCUCUGGGGGUGGUAACCAGAGGAUAAGCAAGGUGUAGCGCCCAAGGUCUUGCAAAAGGCCCUCCAAACCGCCGACGUGAACUGGGGGCCCCUGUCGGACACCACUUCCGUACGGAUGCCGUGAAGGCGGAACACGUGGCGGACCAGGAGUUGUGCGGUCUCCAAUGCAGAUGGUAACUUUGGUAGGGCCACAAAGUGUGCCAUUUUGUUUCCCCUGGAGGAGAGCAGGCCAGUAAUGAAAUCUAGGGCGAUGUGGGACCAAGGCCAGGAUGGGGGUUGGUGGGAGGCCUUGUUACGGGAACACACAGCGCAGGCAGCCACGAACCACUUGGCGUCCCCUAGGAGCGUGGGCCACCAAAAACGCUGCCUGCGGCGGAAGACGGUGCGGUUCACGCCUGGGUGACAGGCCAGCUUGGACCCAUGAGCCCAGCACAGUACCUCCGAGCGGAGUCUGGGGAUGACAAAGAGGCGUCCAGGAGGGCAUUUGUUGGGAGGUGUGACCGUCUUGAGGGGCUCUUUGACCCGCUUCUCUAUGUCCCACUGUAGAGCUCCGAUGAUGUGUGAACCCGGGACGAUGGGUUCUUGGAGGGUAGGUUCAGCGGGAGGGGCAUGGAUGCGAGAGAGGGUGUCCGGCUUGACAUUCUGGGACCCCGGACGGAAGGUGAUUAUAACCUGGCUUGACGGGGGUGUGUCUCUGUGCUGAGCUUAGGUAGGCCAAGUUUUUGUGGUCUGUGAGUACAGUGAAAGGAAGUUCCUUUCCCUCAAGCCAGUGCCUCCACUCUUGAAGGGCCAGGACAACGGCCAGGAGUUCCCCAUUGCCAAUGUCAUAGUUCCUUUCUGCCGGUGUCAGGCGUCUAGAGAAGAAGGCGCAGGUGUGCAGCUUCUGGUCGGUGGCCAAACGCUGGGAAAAGACGGCCCCCACGCCGGAAUUGGAGGCGUCCACCUCGACAAAGAACGAGACGGAGGGGUUAGGGUGAAUUAAGACAGGUGCGGAAGUGAAGAGUGAUUUGAGUUUGGUGAAAGCGGACUCAGCCUCUGGGGUCCAGGAAAAAGGGAUCUUUGGGGAUGUGAGCUUAGUCAAAGGUUCUGCGUUAGCGAAGUUAGUGAAUCCCAGAAACCUUUGUAAAUGCUUCUUUGAUAUAGGAGCAGGCCAGACAACCACAGCCUGAAUCUUGGCAGGGUCAACUCUGAGCUGGCCUUUCUCCACAAUGAAUCCUAGGAAGGGAAUGGAGGCCGAGUGGAACAAACAUUUUUCGGCUUUGGCAAAUAAUCUAUUUUGCAGUCGUCUUUGGAGGACCAGGCGUACAUGGUGGAUAUGCGGAAAAAAUAAGAAUUUCGUAUAGGUUAGUGAAGAUAAAACGGCUAAGCAUGUCCCGUAGGACAUCAUUAAUGAGGUUUUAGAAGACGGCGGGGGCGUUGGCAUUGCCCGAGUGGUGUAUUGAAUGCCGUCUUCGAUUCAUCUCCCUCGCGGAUGCGCACGAGGUGGUCGGCGUUCCGGAGAUCUAAUUUAGAGAAAAAUCUGGCGGCAUGUAGUGAAGUGAAGGCUCAGUCCAAAAGGGGUAAUGGGUAUUUAUUUUUAACAGUAAUUUGAUUGAGCACUCUAAAAUCAAUGCAUGGGCGUAAUGAUUUGUCCUUUUUCUCAACGAAAAAAACCCAGCGGCGACAGGAGAGGAGGAGGGACGGAUGAGAUUAGCGGAUAAAGAGGACGAGAUGUAUUCCUCAAGUGUUUUGAGCUCCGAUUUGGAAAUGUUAUAUAGACGAGAGGAUGGCAACGCAGUCCGCAGCAGGAGGUUGAUACUGCAGUCGUACGGGCGAUCGGGGGGAGAGACAGCGCCAUAUCUUUACUAAAAACUGCUUUUAGGUCAUGAUAGACGGACGGAACAGAGGAGAGAUCGAUGAAUUCAGGCUGGGGAGUGUGCGGCGAGAGGCGGUUGAUUAUGUUAGAACAGGGCCAGUCUAUAUGAGGGUUGUGUUUCGUGAGCCAGGUAAGCCCGAGAACGAUGGGUGCGGAACGAGAGGGAAUGAUAAAAAAUUUCAACAGCUCAAGGUGGUUGCCAGAUAGUCGGAGCUCAAGCGGAAUGGUCUAGUCUAGUGUGGACUAGGGCGGGCAUUGCGUCGAGGAGCCUGGGAGGGACGAAUGGGACAGCUGGGGAGUGCAUGGUCCAGCUUACCGCAGUAGAUGCACAGACGUAGACGCCGCCGUCUCUCCCUCUCUGCCACGAUGAGUCUCCCUCCUCCCAACUGCAUGAGUUCCUCCGUUGUCCAGGUAGGCGUGGCGUCGGUCAUGGCACGCGGGCUGGCGUGGUUGCUGUGGCUCCCCGGCGUAGUCCUCAGGAAGGUGAUCUUGCAGAGUCUACAGCGCUGGUCAAGCUCCUCCCCGUGGUCGCUGAGUCGCUUGUCGAUCCGUGUUGCCAGCUCGAUUAGGUCAUCCAAGUUUGACGGGCAAUGCCAGCGGUCUCAUAUGAACCCUGAUGUGCUCCAACAGCCUGAGGAAAAAUGCGUCCAGGAGCGCGGCCAUGUUUCAGUCAGUCUCCGAGGCCAGGAUGCGGAACUCUAUGACGUAGUCAGAAACUCGCCACUACCCCUGGCGUAGCGUGAGAAGAGCCCGAGCUGCCUCUCUGCCCGGCGGGCUGCGCUGGAACACUUGUUGCAGUCCCCUAGCGAAGGCAAGAUAGGUCAUGCUGGAGGGGGCACGGCAAUUCCACUCCGCCGUGGCCCAUGCGCUGGCUCGACCCGUAAGGUGGGAGACGACGAAGGCCACCUUGGCACGUUCAGUGGGGAAGGUGGCGGCGUGCAGCUCAAAGUGCAGCUCAUACUGCAUGAGGAAGGGGCGGACCUCGCCCGAGUCCCCUGAAAACCUUUCCGGUCUUGACAGCGGCGUGCCGGAGGUGAGGGUGACUUGAACUGGCAGUGUGGGUGGGCUGGCAGGUGUGGAGUCGUGGCCUGGGGGAAACGCCGCGAGCAGCGUGUUGAGGCGGGAGCCCAGACUCUCCAUCGUUGCCUCCUGGCGCGCCAACAACUCCUGGAGGUACUGUAUGUUCCCAGGGCGCUGAGCUGCUCCUCCUGUUUGCCCAAGCGCUGCGCAGGGCCUUCUUCACUGGGUCUGGCUCCGUGUGGUCCAUCUUACUGGCCGGUUUCUUCUGUUAUGCUUGCGUGUGUGGAGGACCACAGUAUACGGAGGCAAGAUGAGCGGAUGACUGUUCUUUAAUUGGUUUUCAGCGUGGAGAUAAUCACAGGAGUAAACAGAAAGCGCUGGAGUCCGCAGCUUGCGCAGCACCAGGGAAAAAAGGUUCUAAACACAAAAACUUGCAAAAGGACAGGUCACGGGACAACUGGAACACCCAGCUGUGGAAACGCCGAAUCUUGAAAGGCUUGAGCAAUUUGGCGAGCUGCGAGUGCGCUGUCAUGGACGUCAUGGAAGGAACCGGCGUCUCACAGCUGCCCCUACUCAGUGUUAAAUAGGGAGAAGGAAAAUUAGCCGCAGGUGUGUCCAGUUGUCCUGGCUCCUGCUGCACGCCCAGCUGUGGAAGAGAGAGAGAACAGGGAGCAGCAGCAGGUGACCGUAACAAUGACUGUCUUACUGCUCCCAACCUCAGCAGCCAUGGCACGCUGCAAGAGGCCUUGCUUAUGCAGCUCCACAAUCCCACCAGAAAAAGAGAAAAGAGAAAAAGAGAAAGCUUCUUAGCUUUACCAUCAGGAGGGCAUGACAGUGUGAAUGCCUGACAGAAAAUGAACAUUUUGAACAGAUUUUGGCUUUUAUAGCCUGUGGUCUUAAACUUUUGAUCAGGUGAAAACAGCCAAUCAGUUUAAUUGUUGUUUUCAAUAAAUUACUUUUUCAAAGUGCUUUUUGUCUCACUCCCCCUUCUUGUUUUUGCAUAUUGUAGCUCUACUUAAAACCUCAUUAAGAUCCAAAUGUGCAAAAUGCAAAUUCCUGAUUUUGAUCAGGUGUGUAUAUACAUUUUAAAAAAAUCAUCACUGUUUUGUGGUUGACAACCACCUAUUUUUAAAGAAAAAUAUGCAUAUUUAAGCAAAUUUGAUGUAUUUUUGGCCUAAAUUAAGCAUUUUCAAGCGUAAAAAUUGCUAAAUGAAGAGAGGACAAUACUGUACUCACACAUUCAAUCUACAUAGCAUCAUGAUCGAACAAGUUGCAGUAUUGUCACAGGUUAGUGGUUAUGUAUGAGAACUGUGUGUGUGUGUGUGUGAUUAUAAUGUACAAGUACGUAAGUUAAGUAUUAUUACUAUCUAAGCGCUCCCGGCCGUGGACGGGCUCUUUCCGGUUGCUGGGGCCUGUUGGUGCGUGGCCCCCAGUGCCCGUCUGCCCUCAUACAUUCUCAGUGGCAAUUACACGUUCACACACACACACACACACACACACGCAUAUUUAUAUACAUGAAGACAUGCACAUAUACACAGAGAUACCUGUACAUGCAUACAUAUACACACUCACAGUACAUACGUACUCCUUACAUAUUGUACUCCUUACAUAAGUCACUGAUUUAUCCGGGGUGUUAUUAUGUCGGUUUUAUUACAGUGAUGGUGAUGUCGGAUAUAUGAUUAUAGUUGUGUGCAUUACAGUUAUUGUCAUUCUGUUCACUAUUAUGGUUGGUAAUUUCAUUACUACUAUUACCACUAAUAUGUAUGACUGUUUCAAUUCAGUAUUAUCAUUGUGGUUGUUGAUAUUAUUUUGUCCUCUCCAUCAUGGUCUUUAUGGCCGUGACAAACAUUUGUUGAUGUAGUCCUGUUAGUUUCUGUUGUUUUGUUAUUGUCAUCACAAUUGUUGUUGUUGCUGUUGUUCUUGUCUCUCUCUGUAUUUUCGCCCUCUUGUCCCUGCACUCUCCCCUCUGUUUUCUUUUCUCUUCUUCUCUAUCCCCUCCUGCUCCGGUCUGGCUGCUCCACAUUUUCAUAACAGCAAAACAUCAAAUGAAGUGAAAUAAAUUCUGUACAACUGGGGAAGAGUAUCUUACACUUUUCCCUGGCAGAGCAAAUCUGUUGAGCACGUAAGGGCAUUUAGAUCAACAAUACCAUCUGCCCUAAUGGCUGGACAGGACCAA